AUUUUUUCUUUUUAAUAACUUCAUUCAGUUUCCGGUUUUCGUAAUCGACUGUUUACUUUCAAAACAAGAGUAUGGUGUUUUAUUUUAUUAGCAAUGUGGUUUCACCGCCAUAUACUUUGUAUAUGGGCUUUGAUAAAAAUGAAAAUGAAGAAUUAAUACGAUGGGGAUGGCCAGAGGAUGUUUGGUUUCAUGUUGAUAAAUUGUCAUCUGCUCACGUAUACCUCAGGCUACACCCAGGAGAAACUAUAGACGACAUUCCUCAAGCUGUUAUAGAUGACUGUGUACAACUUGUUAAAGCCAACAGCAUUCAAGGCAACAAGCAAAAUAACCUAGAUGUAGUCUACACCAUGUGGGCUAAUUUGAAAAAGACUGCAAGCAUGGACGUUGGUCAAGUAGGCUUUCAUAAAGAAAAAGAUGUUAAGAAGGUGAGAGUAGAAAAGAGAAUUAAUGAAAUUGUCAAUCGACUGAAUAAAACCAAAACAGAAGAGCAGCCAGACUUCAGGGCACUUAGAGAGGAACGGGAUAAGAAGGAAAGAGAAGAUCAGCGCAGGUUACAGCAGGAACAGAAGUUGAAAGAAAAAGAAGAAGAAAAAAGGAAACAAGAACAGGCUGAAAUAAGGUCUUAUGGUACAUAUAUGAAAAGUGAGAAUAUGCAGUCGAAUAGGGAUUAUGACGGGUCAGACGAUGAUUUCAUGUAAAUUUCUGCCACAUUUUCAAUGUACCUGUUCAUUUGCUGCUAAACAACCAAAAUGAGCUCUUCUGUUUAUGAAGUUGAUAAGAAGAUUUUCAUAUGUAACAUUGCAUCUAUUCUAUAAGAGAAUUUGUAAUGAUACCAUGUUGUGGAUUGUGUAACACACUGCAAAAGAUUUUCACAAAUAAAAUUGUUAAUAAUAGUAAUCAGCUCUCAUAGCAAAAAUACAUCUCCUUUCUCUAUGGCUUUGUCAACACUGAAGGAAAACUGAAACCACAUUCAAUAUAGUUGCAAACUAAUUCAAUUGACAGCCUAAUAUCUAAUUAUAGAAGGAUAAGUCUGGUUUUACCUAUUAAGAUAUUCAUUUGAGAUUGCAAACCUAAUGCCUUUUUAACCUUAUGUUCAAUAGUGCAGAAAAAAAAAUCAUCAGUUAAUUAUUUUAUAAAUUAGAUAAUUAGACAUGCCGCAGAUGUUAUUUAUUAUAAGAUCUAGAUGUCAGCAAUGUUUUAAUUUUAUUUUAAAUAACUCACUUUGACAAUGAGAAGAAUCAUUUGCUGAUUUUUGUGUACUAGUAGAAAUAUAUAACCUUAAUAGUAUAAGGUAAAAACUUAGCCAAAACAACUUAAGUAAAAAGGUUUUAACAUACUGUAUGGCUGAAGAAUAUUCCUGCCAAGUCUCAUCAAGAAUAGCUAGAUUUUAAUUUCUAUAAGCAACUUGCAUAAAUACACCUUGCAAUUUAAUUAUUAGACAUGCAUACUGUAAUAGGCGUGAAUUUGAUGGAAAAUAGCCUAUAAAUGUAGUCAAGAGUUGUCUAUUGAAAACACUUCUUCAUAUGAAUUUUGACUGAAACAUUUGAAGUUGUUUAUGUUAAAAUGGAAUAUAAUUUUGAAUCAUUUUCUGACUUACUGAGGAAUUUGGUAUUGUAUAGUUUUUGAAUGACAGAUGCAGCUUUUUAUUAAUGUCUAUGACAUAAUUAUAAUGUAAAUAAAUGAUUAUACCCUU